AUGGCAGCCAUGAAUGACGCCGACGCCAAGAUUCCCGUCAGCGUUGUGACGGGGUUUCUCGGUUCCGGCAAGACGACCCUGGUGAACCACAUCCUCACUGGCCAACACGGCAAGAAGAUCGCUGUCAUCGAGAAUGAGUUCGGUGAGGUGGGCAUUGAUGAUGCCCUGGUGCUGCGUUCCAAGGAGGAGGUCAUCGAGAUGAACAACGGCUGCAUCUGCUGCACCGUGCGCGGGGACCUGGUGCGCAUCCUGAACACGCUGCUAAAGCGCAAGGACCGAUUCGACGCAAUCCUGAUCGAGACCACCGGCCUGGCCGACCCGGCGCCGGUCGCGCAGACCUUCUUUGUGGACGACAGCCUGGCGGGCCGGCUGGCGCUGGACGCCAUAAUCACGGUUGUGGAUGCCAAGCACAUCGAGCAGCACCUGGACGAGGAGAAGCCAGAGGGGCAGGUGGCCUUUGCUGAUGUCAUCCUGCUCAACAAAGCUGACCUGGUGUCCGAAGACGACCAGAAACGCAUCACCGCGCGCAUCAAGGCCAUCAAUGCGUCUGCGGAGGUGAUCAACACCGUCAAGUGCAAUGUGGACCUGGACAAAAUUAUCAACAUCAAGGGUUUUCAGCUGGAGAAGGUCCUGGAAAUGGACCCCAACUUCUUGGACCACAAGCACGACGACCGCGUGACGUCCGUGGGAUUUGAGGUGGAGGGCGAGUGCGAGGGCCACCGCCUGAACGCAUGGCUGAGCCGCCUCAUGAUGGAGCAGGGCGUCGACCUGUUCCGCUCCAAGGGCAUCAUCGCCGUACACAAAUCCCCAGAAAGGCACUUCUUCCAGGGCGUGCACAUGCUGCUGACUUUCGGGUCCAGCGCCGAGGGGCUGGGCCAGCCCUGGCAGCCCGGUGAGAAACGGACCAACAAGCUUGUCUUCAUCGGCCGUAAUUUGGACCGCGAGCAGCUGCGCGCCGACUUCCAGGCCUGCAUCAUCUGA